GUUGUACCGUCACUCGUCGCCUGGCAGCUGAACUGGACUGCGGUGUCAGCUGUAGUGCCGCUGUCAACCUAACCUUGCAAACAUGGCUUGGACUAGGGCUAUCACUUGCUUGGCUAUAGCCUUGCUGCUGGUGCAAGUUUCUGCCCUAGAAGAAUUUGUGUUCAGGCACAACAAAAUUUCGUACAUGUUAUCGGAGUGUGAGGACCCUCCGUAUACAGUCUACGGAGAACUCCUCAAACUCACCCUCGACAGCGGAAGGAUCGCGACGCGUUUCGCUCCGAAUUCAGUCGUACAAUUUACGUGGACCGAACUGAUCAUAAAACAGGAGCCCUCUUUCAUCAGGUGUUUGAAUCUGGCUGAAACCAUUUCUGGAGCCAAGAUGGUCAAGUAUGUAAACAACAGAUGCUACUAUUCGACCGGAGUGUAUGCCUCCACAGCAACACCGAGCUGUAGCUUGACUCCGUCUGAGGUCGUCUACAUCUUCUCUUGAGGAUGAGGCUGCUCGCAGUUAACAUAAAGGUUUUAAGAUUCCAAACCAUUUUAAGCAGAUGGUGCGCGUUUGAAAGUAAUUUGAUUGAUUCACUAAUUGCCAGAAAAAAAAUCAGCCUAGUACACCGCCAGUGUCCGGUACAGUACCGAACCCACAACUCAUGAUAUCUUCAAUCGAUCUAAAUAUUCGCAUCCUAGUUAAAUCAAGUCGAUCUAAUCGCAUUAUUUGAGUGAAACACAUCUUAGUUUGUUUGAAAUUUUGUUAUUAAAUGAGUUGCAUAAAGCCUGAUCUCCGACCGUCUCAUUUGGCCUGCGCUUUUGGCGAUUGCACGAGAGCACUUUACACUGAGUUUUCAUCUAUAUCUUUCGUACCUAUUUAUUCAAUGUUUGAUGCACAAUGACUUCACCAUUUGUCGCUGUAAUAUGUGGCAACAAAUAAUGUUUAAAAAAUAGCUGUUUAUGUCCGAAAUAAAGAAAGUUUUGUUCGACGCAAGGCUUCAAUCGCAAGAAAUUAACAAAUAGGUUUCCUGUUUUAAAUGAUUUGCGUCGUUCAAUUAGGCACCAAUCAAUAUCCUUAACAGAAAUGAGUGGUUUAUAAUCAAAUAUUGUUUACCUAAACUUAGAUCCAUCGCUGGUUAAAUGUUAUUAAAAAUAAAUUUAUUUCUGUUACGGGUAAAUUCAUUCACUUUAGCGUUGCAUUGCUGUGAAAUUCAUCACUGCUCAUUCAAACUUACCUAUCUUAAUUGUGGUUAUGCCAGGAGCACUGCUACCUUCCUUAUUAAUAUGUUACUCUAUAAUGAGACACGUUUUGCCGCAGGCAUUUCCCACACGGCCUUUGCCUUCACGGCUGUUUCUUUUCACGACCUUUGCUCUCACAGCCUUUCUCUCUCAGGCAUUUUUCUCACGCCUGUUUCCUCGUUGAUUUUUUGACGGCCAUUUCUCCCACGACCUUUUCUCUCGAGCAAUUUCAUUCGCGGCCUAUACCCUCACGGCCUUUUCUCUCAUGGUCAUUUCUCUCACGACCUUUUCUCUCGAGCAAUUUCAUUCGCGGCCUAUACCCUCACGGCCUUUUCUCUCAUGGUCAUUUCUCCCACGACCUUUUCUCUCGAGCAAUUUCAUUCGCGGCCUAAACCCUCAUGGCCUUUUCUCUCAUGGUCAUUUCUCUCGCGACCUUUUCUCUCGAGCUCUUUCAAUCGCGGCCUAUACCCUCACGGCCUUUUCUCUCAUGUUCAUUUCUCCCACGACAUUUUCUCUCGAGCAAUUUCAUUCGCGGCCUAAACCCUCACGGCCUUUUCUCUCAUGGUCAUUUCUCUCGCGACCUUUUCUCUCGAGCUCUUUCAAUCGUGGCCUAAACCCUCACGUCCUUUUCUCUCAUGGACAUUUCUCGCUCGGUCAUAUUCAUAUCUCUCACGGCGUUUUCUCAAACAGCCAUUUUUAUCUCGGCCAUACAUGAUCUUUUCUAAACAAUUUCUCACCAGCAACCAUUCCUCUCAGAUUUUGUACGAAGGCAUAGAAAUAAAUGCGUUUUCUCACCUUAUGCCUUGCCUCCUUUCUUUGCGUUAUUUUUUCCUUUCUACCAGGCACUCGCAUUGCGCAUGAUUAACUGUAACUUCUAUGAAGCACGUUUGUGAUAUGUAAGUAUUUACACCAAUUGGAUAAUAAUGUAACUCCAUUUUAUUGGCCUCUAUAUUGCAUAGCAGUAAUACGAUCAAUUAUUAUCAGUCUACACGACUAAUCUGUGGUCAUAUUCAAGCUCAUUAACCUUUAAUGACCUGCUUGCAAACUCGAUUAAUUUACAAAAUAUAAUAUCUUAAUUCAAAUUGCGCUUAAAUUUUUGCCGUGGAAACACAAUUUUAUGAAUUGUACAUUGUUCGUGUCAUUGUGCUAGUCCCUUCUCUUGGAUUAAUUUUUUUAUAUGAUUCUAAAAGAUUAUUGCGCCUUUAUUUUGCUUUAUAUUGCACAUCGUUUUAAGCACAUAUAAUACGGUGCACAGCUUAAGAAUUUUAAACUAUUGAAGCCUAUUUCAAUGCACUUUUUCAGCCGGUGUUGUUUUUAAUUAAUCACAGGAAAAUAUAAUCGAAUAUUAUCAUCUCGUUUUACGAACAUAAUCCGUCUUUUAUUAAAAAUAAGAAACAAAGCUAAUGUAACAAAUUCCAAUUAAAAUUAAGAGGUAAAUCGUCCCAGAAUGGUUAUUUCAAAUAAUAAUUUUUCACAAGCAAUUUGUACAUUAUUAGUUGCUAGUUAAACGGAAGAUAAUCUACUGUAACUUUUUAACUAACCAAUUUAGUUUUUACGUUUCGCUGACGUAAGCGAAUACUUGCGAUCGUAAUCUGAAAGCACUCACCGACUGUGGCACUACAGGGAAUAGUUCUCAGGGACGUCAAAAUGACGUUUUAUUUGCUCCUAUUUCGUCCUACCUAUUUCACGAGUUUUGAAUAAAGAUAAUGAAAUUAAAUAAGGAAUGAAUAAAAAGUCGUUUGCUGGUGUGCAGUGAACUCAAAGUAAAUAAGUUAAAUGAGUGGACACAUAACUCUAGUCACUUGUUUGCCGUGCAUAUAUGUUUAGGUGACCGCUAUUACUCACUAUAUAAAACUUUCAUAAAUUGUAUACCAGCCAUGCACAGUUUCAGGAUUGAUUCCUGAAGUUCAUGAAUAAAAAAUUAUUUGAUAACAAUAUGACUGUAAAACAAUCCAUGCGAGUUUUAUAUAACUCUGAAGAUGCAUAAGUUUAGAAACUCCUCAUGCUACAACUUUUUUCGUGUUCAAUAUCGUUACUGAAAACGUAUACUUAAAUGAUCAUAGUUAGAGUAGAGAACAUAAUUAAAAACUGUUUGAUAAAAAAGUAUGCCAUUUCCAUUUGCGUUCAAAAAUUUCUUGGAGUUCAGCCUCUCUUUGUGUAUAAUAUUUCGUACAAUAGAUGAUAAAUUAUCUUUUCUGCAGACAACCCUCGCAUAUUACUUCAAUUUAAAAUCCUAAAGAUUCUCAGCGAUGAAACUAACGCGUCUUAUAGAGAAAUUUAAAGACUUACUAAUUUUUAGACAGAUGGUGAAACGUAACUCGAAGGAAAUUAUGACACAUAUGUCAUACUUUUUAAUCAAACAUAAUGAUGAAUACUUUACACAAUUGUUUCAAAUCUAUCGAAAUUUCCUUCUAUAAAUUACACCGAAUUUGUGUCACUCAAUUUAUGUAACAGCACGACUAUUUAAAACAAAUAAAAACUUUUUCUAUAACCAUGCAUUAAAAUUGUCUAGAAAAAGUAUUACGUGGUGAAUAGAAGAAACAUUCGAUUUUUAGAGGACUAUAUUUGUACAAAGUUUAUUUGAGACAAAACACCAGUUCCACCGCCCUCAUUAUUCCCAGUCAGAAAAGAGCGUGCGGCUCAAAGUGAAUGGAAUGUACAAGUGUGCUUGAUCAGAUAAUUUCGGCAGCCUCGGUCAUGAGGUCAGAGGCUCGCACUUGUGUCAGAUAAUUAAUCAAUUUACACGAAUUUAUCACGUGCAGCAGUAGUUCUAAUUUAACAGAAAUCAUUUCCUUAAAAAUUGCUAUUCCGCCGGAAGCUUCAAUGUUCAUCUAGUUUUGAUCACUGACAGGAUACGUGCUAAAAACAUUUAAUCGUUGUUCUUAUAUUAACGUGAAUAAGUAGUAAUUGUUGACAAUUAUAAUAUGAGACAGAAAAAUCGACUUGUGCAUCAUUGAUACAUAAAUAUCACGACAAUAAAAAUACAAAAGCUCUUGCUAUCUCAAUUUCUGGAUCACUUCAUCGCGCAAGAAGCUAUCAAUAACUCCGUCUUCAGCUGAGAGACAAUUGGCCGAGUGUUGGGACCACUCCUGGAGGUUGCCGUGCACCCUCUUCUGCUGGUCGUAGUGCAGUCUCUCGCACAGCUGGCACCAGGAAAUGUUAGAUGCUGUGCUCUGCUUCAUGGGGAAACUUCGCACUGCUUCACUGUAGGCUUUCCAACUGCAAAUUGAAAUAAAAUAUUUAAUCAGAGCGAGAAUUAUUUCGUUUA